AUGAAUCAACGUUUGGAGAAAAUUGAUCCUGUUGUUUUUGAUAUUAUUGAAAAAGAAAAGAAAAGACAACGUGAAAGUAUUGUAUUAAUUCCUUCUGAAAAUUUUACAUCACAUUCUGUUAUGGAAGCAUUAGGAUCAGUGAUGCAAAAUAAAUAUUCAGAAGGUUAUCCUGGUGCAAGAUAUUAUGGAGGAAAUGAAUAUAUUGAUCAGGCAGAAACUCUUUGUCAGAAACGUGCUUUAGAUGCAUUUGAUUUGGAUGAAUCAAAAUGGGGUGUAAAUGUACAAUCAUUAUCUGGUGCACCUGCAAAUUUAUAUGUAUAUUAUGCUAUAUUAAAGCCACAUGAACGAUUAAUGGGAUUAGAUUUACCUCAUGGUGGACAUUUAUCUCAUGGAUAUCAGACCGAUACAAAAAAAAUAUCAGCAGUAUCAGCAUAUUUUGAAACUGUGCCAUAUAGACUAGAUGAAAAAACUGGCAGGAUCGAUUAUGAUGUUUUGGAAUUAGUUGCUUCAUUGUAUCGGCCAAAAGUAAUUGUUGCUGGAGCUAGUGCAUACCCAAGAAAUUUUGAUUAUGAACGUAUGAAGAAAAUCGCUGACAAAGUUAAUGCUUAUCUAAUGGCUGACAUUGCUCAUUUAAGUGGGAUGAUAUCUGCUGGUGCAUUACCAUCACCAUUUGGUCAUUGUGAUAUUGUCACAACCACAACUCAUAAAUCUCUUAGAGGUCCACGUGGUGCUCUAAUAUUCUAUAGAAAAGGCGUUAGAAAAGUUACAAAGAAAGGAGAAGAAAUACAUUAUGAUCUUGAGAAUCCUAUCAAUCAAUCAGUAUUUCCUGGACAUCAAGGUGGUCCGCAUAAUCACACGAUAACAGCAUUGGCUGUAGCUCUUAAACAAACAAAAUCACCCAUGUUCAAAGAAUAUCAACAUCAAGUUAUAAAAAAUAGUUUAUCAUUUGCAAAAUCUUUUUCUGAUAAAGGUUAUAAUAUGGUAUCAGGUGGUACCGAUACACAUUUAUUAUUAUUAGAUUUAAAAUUAAAGGAAAUUGAUGGUGCAAGAGUAGAACGAGUUCUUGAAUUAGCAAAUAUUGCAGCUAAUAAGAACACUGUGCCAGGUGAUAAAAGUGCCAUGACACCAGGUGGUAUUCGUGUUGGAACCCCUGCAAUGACAACACGUGGACUCAAUGAAUUGGAUUUUGAAAAGGUUGCCGAAUUUGUUCAUCGUGGUAGAAAAGUUAGUGAUUUUAAAGAAUUUUUAGGUGAAGAUGGAUCCUCAGAACCUAGAAUAGGUGAGUUAAAACAAGAAGUUAUAGAAUUUGCAAAAAAAUUUCCGACAAUUGGAUAUAAUGAGAAUGAAAUGAAAUACACUUGA